AUGGACAACAACAACAACGCCAUGGACGACAGCGCUAUGAUGCGGUAUCUCUUGGGGAAGUAUGGAUUGACGGAUCUUGUGGGCAUGCUGCGGUCAAUGUCGGCAAACGAGCAAGGCAUGGUACCACCUGUCAGUUCCAGCAGCAACAGCCACAUCGCCGUGGCUUUCGAGGCCAACCCGAGUCCGAUCUCCUUUUCCGACGCCAGUUCCAUCACCGGCAGUCUCUACUCCACCUGUUCCGACACCUCAUCCUUCCACAGCCUGAGCCUCGCACCAUCUCCGGCGUCCAACCAAAAUGUCAUGCCGGGCCACAAUCCCGCACAAACCUCGUCGGUACGCUCUAUUGGCCGCAAGGUUGUCCGUCGAGCAGCAGGCGCAUCGAAACGUUCGAACUUGGGGGGGAUUGGCAGCGCGUGGGGAAACAAAAAGCAGGAUCCUUUCGAGUGUCCGUUUUGCGGGGAACGAGGGAUCACGGUCGAGAUCAAGCGAAAGAACGAUUUGAAACGCCACUUCCACGAGUUCCACACCAACCAUUCGGUUUGGACAUGCGCGGCUCCCGGCUGCGGCUUGCCGUUUGAGUGGAAAUCAGCAUACACUAACCACUUGAAAUCCUGCCACCAGGGUGUCGGGCCUUUGCCUGACGAUGCAAUGGCAAAGACGUGCCCGCAGGUUGUGUUUGCUUGCGGCUUCCAGGACUGCAAACGCAUUUUCGAGGCCCAGAGCGACGAGGAUGCCGACAAGAAGGCACACGAAUACUUCGCCCACGUUGCCGACCACUUUGACGGAGAUGGUUUGACGCAUCGCGAUUGGUCCUAUUCGGCUAGAUUUCGAAACCUGAUGCGCCAGUCUCCAGUCGACGAGGCGUGGAAACGCCGUGUUAAAAUGUCGUCCGAGUCGCCUGCUUGGCAGGCACUGUCGUCCUUCACGCUACGAAAGAUGCUCGAGUGUCGCCAUAUCUCGGAUGUUCAGCAGUUUGUGCAAUGCGCUUCGGCAAUGGGAUACGCAAAGAAGGACACGCAGCCUGCUCUACCACCUGGAUUCUUCAUUCCGAUUCGUGCCACAUGCCAAAUGGCCUCGGUCAACCACCGCGCCAAUCGCAGCCAGACUAGUCUCGACCAACAGCUUCAACAGCACCAGCAACAUCAACACCAGCAACACCCGCAGCAACACCAGCAGCAACACCAACACCAUCAGCAGCAGGGCGUUGACAUACCCGACUUUAGUCCUUUCGAGACACCACUGCCUACCUUCCCCAAGGUAGAGGAAGAUGCCCAGAGCAUGUCCAAGAUAAGCAUGGUGCCGGCGCCACUAAGCUUCACGCCUCAAAGUCUCCCGUCGGAUGCCGGCUCCUGGACUUCACAGGAUCCACAAUCUGCCAUGACAACUGCGCAAGAUCUCUCUAACACGUCAUUCCUAUUCCUGGACCCUGACGACACCAUCAUGAGCACACCCAACAUGCCCAACAUGCCACUUCCGACGGCGCCGACGAAUUCUUUCGGCUACUGGACGGAUCUCCUCGCCCAAAGCAACGGCUACUCAAACAUGUCCGCAUCUAUGGUCGUCCCAGGUGACCAGCAGCAGCAGCACGGUCACAUGCACCAGCAGCAACACUAUACGACAUCAAGAGCCCCGGACCCACCUAUCGGCCUUGACAUGCAGCAAGGACAGCAGCAGGGCGGUAUGUCCCAGGCGUCACAGAAGCGGCGAUGGAGCAUGCGAACCUCUAGCUCUGGCCAGACGGUCAGGCCUCCCCGCGAAAGCGCCCAGGGCGUGCCGUACAGAGACUCAACCUUGACCACAGCCACCGAAUCACGACCUGGCUCGAUCAUGUCCAGUGUCUUCCACUUUGGCGGAUCAUAG